AUGGAAGAGGACAAUCAAACCCUCAUGAAGUUCUACGAGGCGCACACCUCCGACAUCGCGGCACUACGGGUCUUGACGCAGGAGCGCAAGUACAAGGAUACCGUCUUCACAGCCAUGGAAGCAAAGGCAGCUUCGAUGGAUGCCUUCUUAAAGGAACUCAUAGACCUCACCGGCACUGAUCGCGGCUUACGCGUCCGCAAGGACGCGAAUUGUGCGAAAGGUUCUGUGGAAAAGUCGUCAGCUGCGCUGACGUCAGCACCUGUCGUCACGAUGGAUGAGGUGCGCGACGCUGUGCAGAAGCAGCGGCACGCCCUCGAGGCGGCGCGGAGGAACGCAGAGAAGCAGCAGCUGGUGAUUCAGGCAUUGGAGGAAGAAGUUGAGUCGUUGAAGCUCAAGGACAGGUCCGCCCCGACGCGCUCGCUGGCGAAGAAGCGUAGGUUGACGAAACCGGAUGACAUCACCGCUGACGAGGACUGCUGUCUGCCGGGCACGGCAAAGGAACUGCACGAUGCGCAGCGCAGGAUUCGCGAGCUGGAGCGUCAGCUAAGCAGUGCCAUGUGUGAUGCCAAGGAUACCGCGGCUGCCGUGGCAAACCUGCAACAGCAGUGCACGGCUCACCUGCAGUCGCUGCAGUGCCGCGACGACGAACUCACCGCACUGCGGAGCGUCCUGGACUCCAAGGAACAGCUGAUCGCGGCGCUCGACGAAGAGGUUCGCAAGCAGCGGAGUACCGCAGAGGCGCAGCAGAAGCAACACCAGCGCACAUCGCAACCCGGCGCCCGCUAUACUCGCACCAACUCCGCACCCGCCGCAGCGCACCACCACCGCAGCGGUGACGAGGCGAGCAGUGACCGCCUUAUCGUGACGCACCACUACCGCCUGCUCGGCGGGCAGUCCUUCGUGGACGGCAACAGCUUCUCGCCGGAAUCCUUCAAGGACGCCUUCCUGCGCUCCGUCUCCACGCUGCUGCAAGUCCCAUAUGGUUACCUCACGAGUGUCGAGGUGCGCACCCACUCUGAGGCGGUCAGCGUCGAGUUUGACGUCCGCCACUCGGCGCGCAUCAAGGAGGACGAGAUUGACUUCUUCCUGCUUAGCCACGACUACCCGGAGCUGACGAGGUUUCUGGACAAGGCCAAGGCCGAGCUGGCGACUCGAAAGCCACUCGACCGCAACGCCCUGCGGGUGAAGGAGCUGGAGGCGGCACUGGCGGAGAAGGCGGACGAGGUGGACCACCUGCGCAGCGCCAUCCGCUCUCUCGAAGCCUCGCUCGACCGCCGCGACUCCGACCGCGCGGUGCUGGACACAGACGUGGACGCCGCACUGCGCGAGACCGAGAUGACUGUGAAGGAGGUGUACGAGGCACUGCAGGCGACGCAGCAGGAGGCGCAGGGGUUGCAGAAGGCGCUCACCACGCAGUCCGCGCAGCUGCGCCUGUCGGAGCGGGCGAAGGCUACCGCGACGGCCGCAGCGGAUAAGCUCAAGACGGAGCUGACGACCCUUCAGGAGCAGCUCGCCACAGCACAAGCAUCAGUCGAGCAGGCGCGGGAAGAAGCAGCGCAGAAGGCACUGCAGCGCCACACGGAUGAGAAGGCGGAGCUGCUGAUGAGUACCUUCCACCUCGACGUGGCGCUGCCCACUGCCUUGGCGCAGCGCACUGUGAAUCGCUUGCUGGAAGAAGCUCGGCAGGCUCGCGUUCUCCAAGCGCUACUUCUCUGCCAUGCCGCACGGACUGCCGGAGCCGUGCCGGUGGCGGUCAAGAAGUGCUCGUUAGGCGACGGCGCCACGACGAUGGCGGCCGCCGUGGCACUGGCCUUCUACGCGAGCAAGAAGAACGCCGAAGCUGCCAAGGCGGAGAUCGCCAAGAAGCUGAGCGAGGACUCCGGCAGCGCGGUUCUCGAAUAUUUACGAAUGUGCAGCGAUUCGUCCAAGCGGGAGGCGGCGAUCUUGGAGGACGCGCAGCGAUCCGUCAGCGAGGCAGAGCAGCGCGCUACAGCCGCCAUCGCCGCCAUGAAAGGCGAGACACAGCAGGCGCAGAACACGCAGCGUGCUGUCACGGCAAAGCAGCUGCACGAGAUUCACGCGCGAUUGGGCAGCGUGCUGCCGGGCGGCUCUUCUGAAGCGAAAAGCGUCUUAGAACGCGUUGGCCAGCUCGUGUCGCGUCUGACAGCGGCUGAGUCGACGGCGCGUCGCCUCGAGGAGGAAAGCCGCCGUGCAACGCAGCGCUUGGCGGAGGCGCAGCAAGAGCGCGAACAGCUGCAGCAGACGCUGAGUGACCUGACGGCACGCUGCACUGAGGCGCAAGUCGCCAAGGAGCAGCUCGCCGCACGCGCGGCCAGAGCAGAAAGCCAGCUUCGCAAUCAGCAGCUGAGCACAGGGGAGUCGGAAGGCGUUCUUGUCAAGAAGGUGAAGCUCCUCGAGGAGGCCCUGUGCGCCAAGACAGCGGCCGCAGACUCCGAGAAGGACCGCAUGUUGGAGGAGUACAGGGCGGCGGCGACACUCGCGGCGGGCCAGCUGGCUGAGGUCGAGGAGGCGCUGGCCAUCAAGGAGGCGUCACUAGCGCAGCUACAGUCGAAGGCCGCGUCCUCUGGCACCAGUGCCGCAGCCAGUGCGUCGACCGAGGAGGCCGCGCUGCGUGAGGCGCUGCGGCUCGCAAAGCAAGAGCGCACAGCGCUGGCGCGCCAGGUGAGGGAGAUGGACACGGACAUGAACGACUUGUCGAACAUCCAAGCCUCCAUGCAGCGCGAGCUGGAAGUGGCGCGGCAGGAGCUGCGAGCCAAGAAACACGACUUCGAUCUGCUGGUGAAGCAGCUGAUCCGGAUGGAGGAAAAGGAGAAGAAGUGGGCCUCCGAGCAUUCCGGCUCGCCGAAGAAGCAAGACGAAGACGCCGAGCUUGACGACGUUGCCCGGGAGUCCCUUGUCGUCUUGACAAACAGCAACGCAACCCUCCAGCAGUGCCUGCACCGCCUGCACUCCGCCCUUACCUCCAUGGAAAUGGAGGUGAGCCUCUCGUCGAGCAACGCCGCCGAUAGCGCGGGUGCCGUGGCGGGGGCGGCACCCGUACGUGGCGGCGAGAGGGACAGCGGUAGAGUCGGUGAUGACAGCACUGGAGUGCGACGCAGCGGGCAUCGCAAGAGCGCCCUCGGAGCCACAGUCUCACGCGCCGCCAUCGAUCACCAGAAGUUGUCGGCACAGUUAGCAGACUUGCUGCUGCCGCUGCUGGAGGUGCUGAAGAUCACCGCGUCGUCGAAGACCGCGAGCAGCGGCUGUCGUUCUCGCGGGGCCGCCGCUGCAGCGGCGACCGUGCCAGCGGACGCAGCCACGACGAACCUGGCAGUAACCACCCAGAGGCGAGUUGUGAAGCAUUCGCCGAGUAGUGUACCGUUGUUUCGCACGGCGUCCACCCCGGCGGCGAUCGGAGCUGAAACCAGUUCCCAGACCUUCAAUGGUAGCUUCACCAUCGUGCGGGACGCCGCCAUCGCCUCGCAUGGCAACACACCGAAGCGAGGCACGGCCAGCGAUGCGGCAGUGAGCGCGGCGGUCACCGGAUCAGGUGGAAAGGCGGUCAUCGUGGACGAGGCGCCGCGCCUGGACUUCCACCGACAGGCGAGCCUGCGCACGUACAUUCGUAGCAACACGGUCACCUCAGCGCCCGUGAACGCCGGUGGUACUGCAUUGCCGCCAGCUUCUGCGGCUGCCGCUGCCGCUGCUACGACCGGCAGCUCUGCAUCGUCCGGCGCUGACGUCAACAGCAGCGGAGCCGCCACUCGAGGCACCAGAGAUGAACGAAAGGAGAAGGGCAAGGAGCAGCUGCCACGCGGUGCGAGCAGCGGCGAGGGAGCAGCAGCUGUGGGUAGCGCCUCCGACAGCGCAUCACGGGCGAACGCGCAGGUCAGCAUUCGCCGCAAUGCGGCACCGACGACCACCGUCAAGACGAACCUGUUGCGCCGCAUGAACGCCACUGCCACUGCCACUACCAGCAGUGGUGGUGGCAGUGGUUCAGCCAUCGGGACCAGCCUUGGACGCACAGCAGGUGGAUAUCGCCGUGUGCCGACGGUGACGGACUCGAGUGGAUCCUCCGCGUCUCUGACAAGACGAACCCGUCCCACGCACACGUGA